AUGAAAUCAUUCUAUUUUGAUUUUGAUGGCGGUAAUAUAUUUAGAUCCUGCUGAUUUUUGACAUUAUCUUAUUUCUUUAUCCUAUCAAAAUGGACAUAUUAACUAGGUUUUCUUGGGAGAAAAAAUGCAGAAUGCUUUUUUUAAAGUUCCAGAUAUCUUUUCCAUUGCUGUAGUGAAGUUGUUAGAUUGUUUUGAAGAAAUAAUUGAAUUGUUGGAUGGAUGUUACUUGCUUUCAUUCUUUUCCUUUAGUGUCUCAUAGAAAGUUUUAUUAUAGUAAAUUCACAUGUAGAAAUCAUUUUGAUCCAGGGUAUCUCAAAAAAUUAUUUUCAGAUCUGCUAAUGAUGGUUUCACCUUUCAUUUUCUCCCCACAGAAUAGUUGGCAAAGGUAAGAGGAGGGAGUAAGCAUUUAGACUUUAUAAAGGACAGAUAUAAAUUCUAGGGGUAUGGCUCAGUGGUAGAGCAUGUGCUUAGUAUACACACAAGGUCCUGGAAGCAAACUACACACACACAAAGAGACUGGUAUUCCUCCGAAUAUUUUUUGGUUAUUUUCAAUUUACUUAGGAGUGAUGCAUUUCUUCCUUUCUCUCUUUCUUUCCUUCAUAAGCACAUUUUUGUAUUGCAUCUAAGUAUAUUCAAUUAUUGUAUUAAAAAACAACUCAUUAUUGAAGUCUUACUGGUUAUCUAAUAACAUACAUGCUACCUGCAGCAAGGUCUAAGAAAGCCAAGUAAGGCAGGGACAUAUAUGGGCUAUUUGAUCACAGGCAUGGUUUCCAUAAUCAGUUCAGCUCACACUCUUCCACACCAGCUUCUAAGUCUGACCUAAAGUACAUGCAUGUUAAUGUUCCCUUUCAAAUUUCCUUAACGAUAACCCUUAACGUGGUAUAAUUAACUGAAACUGAUUAACUAGUUCUUGAACAAAAAAAUUACAACUUCAAAGAAGGAAAAUCUUCCAACAGAUGCCUAAAUUUGUCUGGAAGUGAAGAAAAAUUAAUGAAAAGUAUGUCUGGAAGAGGUAAGUCAUUUCAUAUUUUUAAGCACAGUCUAAACUAGUUAACAGCUGGUAACCAAUAUCUUGGAGAACAAAAAGGAAAUAUUGGCUUUGAAACUUGGUAUUAAGGUUAUUUUGACUUGGAGGUAGUGGUAAAGUUUUAUGAAGGUGCAAUAUAUAAUCUAUUUAAAUAAAAGGAUAAAAAGACCCUUCAUUUCAUGUCAUUAAAUUUUAUGGCAAGCUCCUAGGCUAUACAUUUACAUUCUGUUUAUAAUGAACAUGUAAACACACAAUAAUCAUUUUCAUAAUUCUUUGCUAUGAGUAAGUAGGAGGGUUUUUAUGGCCAUGUUUAUUUUUGAGUAUGCGUUAUAUAACCUUCAGUACUUGUUUGAUAAAAGGAGAACAUUAUUUGCAUAUUGGAUUGAAGAUAAUACAGGGUGUUAUUUUAUCAUUGUCAAAAUUUUUCCAUACCACUUGGUGGGGCUAUUUUUCCGCGUGGUCUUUGUUAACCUGGAGAGAAGAUUUUCCCUUAUUCUUCCACCUGUCCAUUUUCUUUGAUUAGGCAAAGACAUACUUCUGUUAACUAGAUUAAUGGCUCUACUAUAGAUCCCAUCUCUGAGGAACUUUCUUUGAUACUAAAUACUGGAAAAUAAACACGUUCGAAACUCAUAAACGGUUUCAGUACUUACACAUAAACCCAACGUAUCUGUGGAAUAUGGAAUCCCAUUGAAUUUGCAAAAGCUUCAGACUGCAGUUUUCUAAAUAGUCUCUGAGCGCCGCUGUUGACCAAGUCGCUGCAAGAGCUGGAUCCCCGGAUCCCCGGAGCUUAUAUGCGCAGUCACAGAAGCAAGGCUGAAAGGAGAGUGCCCCGGACUUGGGUUUUCUGCUUCGCAAAUCUAACUCCAUAGGGUUGAGGGUACCCUCAAAUUGGAUUUUCUAUGCAGCAGAAGUAAAUAUUUUCAAAGCCAUUUGGAAGAAUCUUUUGUUAACAUCGGAAGCUGCAACAACACUCAAGAAAGAUGGGAUACAGAGGGAAGCAAAGGCGCCGGUGGCGGCAAGUACUCUUUCCCUUUCUUCUGCCUUUGUUCAGCGCAGCGCUCUCGGAGCAGAUCCGAUAUUCUAUUCCGGAAGAAAUGGCCAGGGGCUCGGUAGUGGGAAACCUUGUUGAGGACCUGGGGCUGCCUAUUGGGAAUUUACUUGCCCGAAACCUCAGAGUUAGCACAGAGAAACAAUACUUCACCGUGAACACUGAAAAUGGGGACAUCCUUGUGAGCGAUAGAAUAGAUCGGGAGAUGCUCUGUCCUCUGAGUUCUCUGUGUGUAAUACCGUUAGAGAUUGUAGCAGAAAAUCCUCUAAAUGUUUUUCAUAUAAAUGUGAUAAUACAAGAUAUAAAUGACAAUCCACCUCAUUUCCCCGAAAAUACCAUUGUUUUACAAAUCAAUGAAUUAGCAAUUCCAGGCACUAGAUUUGGUCUGGAAUCUGCUAUCGAUGCAGAUGUAGGACCUCACUCUCUUCAGAGUUACCAGCUCAGCUCUAAUGAGCAUUUCUCUCUCAUGGUGAAGGACAAGAGUGAAGGCAACAACGUUCCAGAACUAGUGUUGGAGAAGCCACUGGAUCGGGAACAACAGGGUUCCCAUCUCCUGUUCCUGACUGCAAUGGAUGGGGGAGACCCUGUCCUAACUGGCACUGCUCAAAUUAAAAUCAAGGUCACUGACGCCAAUGAUAAUCCUCCGGUAUUCACUCAGGAUGUGUACAAAGUCAGCCUUAGAGAGAAUGUGCCCCCAGGCACCUCUGUGCUAAAGGUGACAGCUACCGAUCAGGAUGAGGGAAUCAAUGCAGAGAUCACCUACUCCUUCAAGUCCCUAAGAGACGGUAUUGGAAAUAAGUUUAUACUAGACCAUAAAAAUGGAGAAAUUAAAUCCAAAGAUCCUAUAGACUUCGAAAUCAGCAGAAGUUAUACUAUGAGCAUAGAAGCGAAGGACGGUGGAGGCAUGGCCACUGAGUGUAAAAUUAUAAUAGAAAUUCUAGAUGAGAAUGACAAUGUCCCCGAAGUGAUUUUUACUUCAGUAUCCAAUUCCAUAACGGAGGAUGCAGAACCUGGAACGGUGAUAGCUCUGUUUAAAACACACGAUAAAGAUUCCGGAGUAAAUGGAAUAGUCACAUGCCUCAUAAAAGAAAAAGUUCCUUUUAGAAUCGAAAUUUCUGCCAAUAAUUAUUACAAGCUUGUAACAGACGGGCCCUUGGACCGAGAGAAGACCCCUGAGUACAAUGUCACUGUCACCGCAACCGACAAUAGCCUACAGGAGGUGCUGCCAGACAUCAGCGACCCUCCGGAGAUCCCUGACCCCCAAGGAGAACUGCAGUUUUAUCUGGUGGUGGCCUUAGCAUUGGUUUCAGUGCUCUUCCUUCUCGCUGUGAUUUUGACCAUCGCUCUUCGCCUGCGACACUCUUCCAGUCCCACUUCCUGGGGCUGCUUUCAAUCUGAUCUCUGUUCUAAGACCAGACCAGGGGUUUCUCUUAACUACAGCGAGGGAACUUUGCCUUAUUCCUACAAUCUAUACGUUGCAUCUGACUCUCAUAAAACAAGGCUUGAUCUUCUCACCAUGAUGCCGGAACUGGUCGCCCCACAAGAUCUUUCUAACGAAGCUUCUUUGGCAGUAAGCUUCACGGAGAAGAUAAACCCUGACUCUGUUGCUUCUACUCACGUGAGUUUCAAUGAGUCUUUCAUUUGA